CUCUCCUUUCCGAUCGCCGGGGCUUUCCAAUCUCCAGCGAUCCAGAUUGCUUCUCCAACUCCCCGUAUUCUCUUCCGACCCGCUUCUGCAAUAGAUAUUUUUUUCACUCCUAUUGCACAAUCCCUAAAUCAUUUCUUAAUUUCGAUCCAUCUCUACCUUUUGUUUUUCCGAUUUGCCAAAACCUAUACAUCUAGAAUAUAGUUUUACUUGUGCAAAUAUACAUCUUUGUAUAGGUAUAUGCAUACAUUAUACAUACGUAACAUACACGAGAUGACGAAAGCCGAGAUGUUUCACAAGAUAAUAAAGAUAGGCCACCGCAAGGUGGCGAAAACUGAUGACGAUUUCGCCCACCCUACGCCGGUACGGCCAAAUUCACCCCAGCCACCGCAAAUGCCUGCUGCCGCGGCGCCGGAGCUGCCGCCUCUCAGCGCAAUCGAAAAUCUACCGACGUUUCGAGACGUUGUAGCUGUGGAUCGCCACGAUUUGUUUUCGCAGAAGGUAAAGAUAUGCUGCGUGCAAUUUGAUUUCUCUGACACUCUGAAAUCGGCCAAGGAGAAGGAAAUUAAGCGGCUGACUUUGAUUGAGCUCGUCGAAUUUAUUCAAUCCGGUUCUGGAAAAAUUACCGAGGCGAAUCAAGGGGAAUUGAUUCAGAUGAUUUCUACCAACAUUUUCCGGUGCUUGCUCCCUGCCUCCCACGAAACGACAGAUUCUGUGAAUGCUGAAGCUGAAGAUGAGAAUCCCUUUUUUGAUCCUUCUUGGCCACAUUUGCAUCUGGUUUAUGAGCUGCUAUUACAGUAUGUGGUCUCACCGGAUACAGAUACAAAGACUGCCAAGCGCUACAUUGAUCAUUUAUUUGUUAUGAAAUUGCUUGAUUUGUUUGAUUCUGAAGAUCCAAGGGAGAGGGAGUGUGUGAAGACUAUUUUGCAUAGGAUAUAUGGGAAGUUUAUGGUUCAUAGGCCAUUUAUUAGGAAGGCGAUAAACAAUAUAUUCUAUAGCUUCGUGUAUGAGACAGGGAGGCAGAAUGGGAUGGCGGAGCUGCUGGAGAUACUAGGGAGCAUCAUCAAUGGUUUUGCAUUGCCAAUGAAGAAGGAGCACAAGGUGUUUCUUGCACGAGUUUUGAUACCGCUCCACAAACCAAAGGCGCUAGGGAUGUAUCACGGCCAGCUAUCAUAUUGUAUUACACAGUUUGUGGAGAAGGAUUGCAGAUUGGCGGAUACCAUUGUUAUGGGACUAUUGAAGUGUUGGCCGGUCACCAAUUCGCAGAAGGAGGUUCUUUUUCUUGGGGAACUUGAGGAAGUGUUGGAUGUGACGAACACCGUGGAGUUUCAGCGGUGCAUGGUUCCUCUGUUUAGACAGAUUGCUCGUUCCAUCAAUAGCUCUCACUACCAGGUUGCAGAACGAGCUCUUUUCUUAUUGAACAAUGACCACAUUGUAGAACUGAUUUCCCAGAAUCGGAGUGUUAUCUUGCCAAUCCUUUUUGAUGCUUUGCAAAAGAAUACACAAUCUCAUUGGAACCAGGUAGUACACGGCUUAAGUCUUAAUGUUCAGAUAACAUUCAUGGAGAUGGAUGGCGAUCUAUUUGAAGAGUGCCGGAAGCAGUACAAAGAGAGGGAAGGCAAGUGCAGGGAGCUGGAGGAACAACGAGAACUAACAUGGCAACGGCUAGAAGCAGCUGCUGCUUCUGCAGUGUGAUGAAGGGGGACGAAGGAACACGUUAAUCGCCUCCUGAUUUCACUGAGCCGAUUGAUCCUCAAGAAGAUUGGAUUGGAUUGGAUUCAUUUCCUGAGUCUCAAAUCUCCAAGGUACAUUAUUUUGUAUUAACACUUUUUUGCCCUUGUUUUGUGGCAAAGGAAAUGGCAGUGUAACUGUAGAUGUUAUAUGCUGGCGGUUUGUGAGUUUUGUUUGUUUUUGUACCAAACAAAUCAAUUGGGAGAAAUUUAUCUCGCAUCUUCAACUUGA